CGCGCGAGUAAGGAUCACAUUUCAGUGACGUAGAUCACACAUUGUCCAAUCAGAUCAGCGCAUGCAAACGACAGUUGAUGACAUCGCAAACAUUUUUUUUUUUUCAUCCUCUGGUCGGCCACCAUUUUGGGAGUCAAAACACCCAGCAAAUAGUAGCGCACACCUCCACGCUCCUCCGUGGCCUUACUAUGGUUCACACAUGUGUGGUGGCAGGCUGUAGGAACAGAAGGACACCGGGCACCACGUUAUCUUUCUACCGGUUUCCCCGGGACCCCGAGAGGAAGCAGCGCUGGAUAGCUGCUGUGAACCGAGAGGGCUGGGUGCCUAACGACGGCAGUCGGCUGUGUAGUACUCACUUCAUCUCAGGUAAACAGGUGAAGAAUCCCCGUUCACCAGAUUAUGUUCCUUCUGUGUUCACAUCAGUUCCCUUAUCCCCGGAGAUGAAGGAGCCGGGUGCCUUGGAGGUGCUGGACAAGCAGGAGGCUCGUGUAGAGGCGGCAAACGCUUUGUUGUUCCUGCAGGGUCAGGGCAGCUCUGUGUCAGGGGAGCAGGGCCAGGACAAGCAUCCUGAGGAGAGGGAGCAACAGAGCCAUGUGGAGGAGAGUGCUUCCUCUUCUAUCAGCACAGAUGAAGACGAUGAGGAUUAUGAUGAGUCUAUGAGUGACAGCAAGAAAGGAAAGUUUGCUCAGACGUCUGAUGCACAAGGGAACUUUGACGACCUCCUGAAAGCCCUGAAGAAGGAGAACCAGGCCCUCAGGGAGUCUGUGGAGAGAAUGUCGCUCUCUGAGAGCUCUUUAAGGAACGAUGCCGAGAAAGUAAAGUUUUACACCGGUCUACCAAACUUCUUUGUCCUAGAGACAGUCAUGUGGCUGCUGGCACCUCACAUGGAUGGGAUGAAGAACAUGAAGCUCUCCAAGUUCCAGCAGCUGCUGCUUACCCUGAUGCGACUCCGCCUGGACCUUCGCAACCAAGACCUGGCCUAUCGCUUCGGUAUUAAAGUCAGCAUGGUAACCAGAACUGUUCACCAGAUGGUUAACAUCAUGUCCUCCACUUUGGUGCCGACGGCCGUCUUUUGGCCCUCCAGAGCUGAGCUCCGGAAGAACCUCCCUGCGGCUCUCUGUGCCUCCCACCCCGACUGUGCUGUCAUCAUAGACUGUUUCACGGUGCCCUUUGAGGAGCCGGUUUCCCGGGGAAACCAGCAGCAACUACAGCACGGGAUGGGGAUGAGCUAUAAUGUGUUAAAGUAUCUAAUUGGUGUGGCUCCUCAAGGCGUUGUCACCUUCGUCUCCAGGGGCGUUCUGGGAAACGUCAGUGAUAAAGGCCUGGCUGAAGGCUGUGGCUUCUUGUGCAAGCUUCUUCCAGGAGACGUUGUGCUGGCAAACCGUGAUCUUGACAUUGCAGAUUCUGUUGCCGCCAGGGGAGCAAUAUUUAAAAUUGCCAGGAGCUACGGGAGCUCAGAGGGCUCAACCCUCACUGAUUCUUCCUCUGGGACGCUGAGUGUGCAGAGGCAUGUGGAGAGGGUGAUCUCCAUUGUGAAGCAGAGGUACGCCAUGCUCACAGGCCCCGUCGAGAGCCCCUUCACCACGACCUCUGAGCGCACGUCAAACCUCUCAACCUUUGAUAAGAUUGUGCAAGUCGCCUGUGCCUUAAACAACCUGUGCAUCUCUGCUGCUCCUCUAGAGUGACUUAUUUAAAAAAAAAAUCCUUAGUGCUGUCCGGGCACCUUAGUUCCCUAUACUGCUUUGGACCUUAACCCAUGUUCUCACACUUCAUCUUCCUUACUACAGAAAUGAACGACAUACUCAUCUGCUCUUAUUUUCACUCUCAGUGUAUGUGACUUCCUGUUAUGUUGGCUGGUCUGAUAUGAGCUAUGAUGUCCUUACAUUAUGCAACUCAACUGAGAGAGAAUGACAGGCUUGCAGAAGGUGUUAUUUUUAUUGAAGUGUGGAACAACAACAGUGUGGAAAAUGUGCCCUUUAAAUGCAUUUUUGAUUCCCCUUUACAGAGGUAUAUGAAGUGCCGUUUGUAUCAUGAAGGUCAGAAGUGACAACACUUUUAAUAAGAGUGGGAUACACGUUGCCAUAUCUCCAAUCUCAGAACCCAUCAGCUAGUGUGGUAGUAUCUUGAGGCCACUUUUUGAAGGUCUCGUUUCGGAAUCAAAAGCAUUUUUACAUUUUCUUGUCUCGGUCUCAGACUGGGUGGACUCCAGAUUUUAAAUCAAGACCAGUCAAGACCACCACUGAUUGGCUAUUCUUCAACGCCAUUACUGUGAUUAGAAGGAAAACACCCUAAACUAAGUGGAUGAUUUUUGAUUGAUAUUUAUUGUCUUGGUCUUGCCUCGGUCUAGCCCUGCCUUGGUCUCGGUCUUGACUUGGUCUGAGUCCCUAAAUGUCUCGGUCUCGGAGCACUCUGGUCUCUGGUAUGUCUUCGUCUCGGUUAGUGUGGCCUUGACUACAACACUACAAUCAGCUGUCGUCUGAAGAUAAUAUAGCCACGACCAACUUAAUGGGGUUUUCAGUUAGCUAUAAAGGAUUUCCGUCAAAACCUUUUGCAAGCAUUGGGAUUUUUUAGUGUCAAAGCAGCCACUUGAGGAUUUAGGAAACAGCAUUUAAGAGAGAAUUGUUAGCUACACUUGCAUGAAGAUAUCUAAAAAAAAAAAUCUUAUUGAAAGCUAAAUUGUCUUCAGAUGACAGCAGAUGGGUUUUAGGAUUGCAUUACAGCAGAUUGGAUUGGGUUCUGUUGUUCUUCAUUCAGACUGUUUUGUAGAAUAACUUCCUUCACACUUCUUUUUGCAUCCAGCAGAGUCGCCCCCUGGUGGCCAAAAGGAAUAAUGUACUGUUAGUUAAGGUGUUUUCUUACUGGCCUCAUGUUUAAAACAAAGCGGCUUCUUUAACUUCAAAGGUUCGAAAAGCGUACACUAACCUCUUCUGACAUUUUCUCACAUUUAUACCCGUCAUACAGACUUCAGAAGAACAGAAUACUAACACUGCAGGAAGACUGGCUACCUGAUAGCACAAACAAAUGUACCACUUUUACUACUCAAUUGUCAGAGGCUUGUGUGACUUAACUUCUGUACUUCCUGGCUUAGUAGAAACGCAGCUCAUUUCCAGGAAUUUUUAGUCAUAGCUUCCUGAAGAACAAAAAUCUUGGAAUGGCCGAUAUUUUUCUUUAUCACGUCUUUCCUGGUAUUGAUGAAUUUGUAUAAUUCUUAAACUCCCAGGUGACAGCUGUCAGGAUUAACUACAAUACAGCACUGAUGGAGAGUCAGAACUGGGGUCCACUCAGAGGUUUAAAGGAUGUCAAUAUUUACAACACAACAAGUGUUAAUAAUCACAUGUGUUGGUUGGAUUUUUUAAGUAUUCCUGCUCAGUGUUUCCCAUUUAAAUUGAAAUGUAUAUAAAGCAUGUUGGGAAGGAAAUAUUUGGGUUAAUUCCCAUGUUUACGUGUUCGCUUUCCAUAGCGUAGCUUGAAAUCCCACUGCAGGGAAGAGGACAAACUCAUAACAUUUUGCUGCUGGCAGUUCCCAAAGUACAACUCCUCAUAAGUAGGCGUUUGUGUACUUAAUUAAGCGCCUUUCUCCGCAACAUGCUUCUGCGAUUCUCUGUAGUCACACCAAAUCAAAGUGUCAUUACAAAUGAGUGAAAGACAUGCUGUUAAUAAACAGGAACGAUUCCCCAAAGGCCACCAGCAUGUUGGCGACUGUUUAAUUAAAGCUUUGUGUAGUUUAGCACGUGUGCUUUGGCACUUGAAAAAUGAACAUCUCAUCAGUCAUAGUUUAAACUCUCAUCGGCUUUGUUCACUGUUUUCUGUUCUAAUUGAUUGUAACUGUUUUGGAGCAUGAUUAGGCACCACAGAGACGUUUCUGUUGGUUCAAGAACAAACCUUAAGGCUAUUUUAAAAAAAUAUAUGCAACCAUUUAAAGGGCACAUAUAUUGCAAAAUACAAUUACCAUGUUUUAUUUCCACUAAUAUGUGUCCCUAGUCUGUCUACAAAACCCCCAAGUAUGAGAAAAGUCCAUCAUCUCCGUCUUUUGCCUGCUCCACUUUUCAGAAAAUGUGUGGUCAAACAGGCCGUUUGGAGAUUUUCUCUUCAUGACAUCACAAAGGGCAGUAACCCCUCCCCCAGGUGGGUGACACUCCCACAGCUAGGUGUUUGUUCUGACCUCUGAGUCUGCCUUCUCACUGUAAACAAUAGAACAUGGUGCGAGAAAGCCAGAGUACACCCAAGCCCUUCCAGAGAGGGGGCGUGGUCAGUCACAGCUUAUUUACAUUUAAAGGUACAGACACAGAAACAGCCUGUUCUGAGCAGGGCUGAAAUAGAGGGGUUUAUAGACAUGACCAAAUACAGGAUCAGAGUGGAUUUAGAACAAGACAAUAUGUGGCCUUUAAAUGCAUUUUUGUAUGUUUUUGAUAAUUUGUCAAAUGUAAGCUAAAGAAUUGGCUGAGGUUGGGGUUCCCAUUUUUUAAAGGGGGAACUGGAGGGUGUGCUCUAACUAUCUGGGCUAUUCUGUCCUGGACCGUUGGACAGUGGACCAGCUCUUUACCCUCGCAGGGCUUCUUGGGGGCAAUGGGAGUAGACUCAUCCGGUCUACUUGUAGUUUGUAGACCUGGAGAAGGCUUAUGAUUGUGUCCCUCGGGGGGGUCAUGUGGGGCAUCCUGCAGGAGUAUGGGGUCCUGGGGGCGUGGCUUCUAGCCAUCAUGUCCCUGUAUGACCAAAGUGAUAGUUGUGUCUGCAUUCUCAGCACAAAACCAGUAAGCUUCCUUGAGCGUGUUGGCCUCCGCCAGGGCUGUCCUCUCGUCUCCGAUUCUGUUUGUGGAUUUAUCGACAUUAACUGGAAAAUCGGCUACAUCUUUAAGAAAUCAUCUCAUUGAAAUGAGUCUUUAGUUGUCCGGCUGGUGCCUUAGGUUGUAAAGCUUGUUCUGCUUUUACAAAUCCGCCUGUGUUUUAAACUACUUCUGGUUUGGUGUCUAAGCUAAACAUGCAUAAAGAGUCUGCGCUCAAAUGUUAACAAAGCAUCUCUUGUGAUUAUUCACUUAGCGUGUGUGUACGGCGAGAAAAGUUCCCAUCCUUCUAUAUGUUUCCUAAUAUCCAUCCUUUUACCAUUUAAUGCGUAUAAACUCCAAAUGAUGUCAAGUAAUUAUAGAAAAUAACCUUCAGGGGUUUAAGUGUUACAAAAGUGGUUCAGUUAAGGGACGGGAGUCAACUGAGGAGAACAUUUUGACACGAUGGGAAGGGUUAGGGUCUAGACUAGAGGCUGAAGUAGCUCAGUGCAGUUAAGGGCUUUAAAAGGUGUCGCUUGAUCAGCAGUCGGUGUGCGGUUAGCGUAAGCAUGCUAUGGUAGCUCAAAGUGGAAUGUGCCUUCUGUUUUCCACUCGAUGUUCCUUUCCAUGGGUGGCUGUGUAUCUUUCCUGUUCUGUUAUAUGUUUCAUGUGCUCAUAACUUAAACCCUCAAGGCUCCUUUUACCAAACCAAUCCUCUGUGAUGUCCUCUUUUUGUUGUUGUUUAGCUGGUACUGUUGUUGUUUUUUUUAACUCCAUGAUGGUUAUGGAUUGUGUGACACCUCGUCCACCUGUCUGUCUAAAAAAAGGUUUAUAGUUGGAAAAUGCCUUUAAAUGUUGCCAGUGUUGGAGCCCUUCUGAAAAAUGAGUUCACUGGACACUGGUUUCAUCCUUUGACAUAGUUGGAGGUCUGGAAAGCCAUUGUUUAUUCGGCCUACGUUUUAAUUUCCACCUUUACUUUUAUUGCAACCUUACAGAAGCCCUAAUCAGAGUUGAUGGUUUUCAGUUGGAAGAAAAUGUUUUGUAGGUAGUUUGUACAAAGCCGGACGUGCAUACAUACAUUUUAUUCAACUCCGUCUUCCUGUAAUGGCUAGGUUAGGUUAAGAUUUAGGUUUCUUUAUUAGGUCCUAAAAAAGUAAUUUGUUGCGCAGACCGGACAUUCAGCAUGCCAAAGGUGAAACAACACAUCACAGCAAAAAAAGAUUCACAGUUCAAGGGACGUCUCUGGAAAUUAAAGGUGCAGUACGUGGAAUUUUCACAGUAAAAUAUCUUAAUUAAAAUGGACUAAACCUGUUAAAACAUUAUUAUUUUUUUAAUACUUCCAUUACCUUAUACUUCCAAAUAUUUCCAACAGUUAUUAUGACAGAGCCGCCAUGACAGACAUGACAUGUUUAUUGUUGCCAUGGAAAAGCUGCAUCCCAGAUCGAAGCGUGAGCUGCUAUUGAAAGCUGCUGUUGCUGUCGCUGUGUGUGCUGCUGUGAUAAAAGCGUCAUGUAAAUUAUACUCGGAUACAUUAGCUCUUCUGUAAACAUAUUCUCUUCCUCAGGUCGGUUUUGCCCGUUUUUCUUGACUACGAUCGACUCAGUUUGUUUUCAUUGGGGAUGGGGAGUGGAGAGAGAAUCAGCAUGAUUCCUUGCCAGCCUCUAUGUCAUCUUUUGUACUGUUUUGAUUGAGAACUCCACUAGCGGCGGAGUAAAUAUACUGUGUUUAACUCAUUAUCUCGGGAAAAUCAGUGUUGUUGUCCAGAGAUAAUGAGAUAAAUAAAUUGAGAUCUGAAGAAAACAACCAAAAUGCACCUUGUAGCACGGGGAAACUAUAAAUUACAGUGUAUGGAUGUUUGCCCGCUCCAGGCUUCCAUACAAAGUAGCUAUAGAACUGUAAUAAAACAUUUUCUUCCAACUGACUUAAUUCACCGUCAGAACUUAUUAUAAAUCAGAAUCAAACUUUCGCAGAUACCUACAUCUGCUGAUCCUCCCGUUUCCUCCAAACAAAGCAGAAAUAAUUGAGCACUUCAUCUGUAAAAAUGUUGUGAAAUGUUUGAGACUUUAGAAAUAUAAUAUCCUUAACACAUUUGUACCUUCAGACAUGCUUCCUUUCUAAAGAUAUUGAAUUUACUCAGCACAUGGUUGUCUGUAAUCUGGUGAACUGAAGUGCUUGUUGUUUGGAGCAGCUAGAUUCUUACUUAAUUUAUUUACUUCUGUGCCUGCUUUUCAAAGAAUAAAAUACACCGCUGAAGGCA